AUGUAGGGAGCCUCAUAGUUAUUAAACAUUAGUGCAAGAUCAAAUGGAUCUCAAUUUAUGAGCAGCACUUUCUAAAGAGUCACCGCAAACAUCCUCUGUUGUAUGUGUGGUGUCUCCUUUAAUGCUGCCUAAACAAGAACAAAUAUGUGUGUUAAUUGUUUAACCAAUUAACAAGAUAUUACUACAGGAAUUACUAAAUAGGGAGUAGUUAAUUUUUGUCGUAUGUGCAGACGUUACAACAAACCACCUUGGGUUUAUUGUGAACGUGAAAGCAAAGAAAUGCUCUCUCUUUGUCUUAAGAAGAUUAAGGGUCUUGAGAAGGUUAAACUCAUAGACAGUGCUUUCUUGUAUACUGAACCCCAUUCUCGUCGUAUUCGUAUCCGUCUUACUAUCUAAAAAGAAGUCAUGAAUAAUACUUCUAUCUAAUAAAAUUUUGUCGUUGAAUUCGUAGAACACUACGGCUAGUGUGAUGACUGUAAAAAGGAAUUUACUCCUCACACAUGGGGUGCUUAAGUCUAACUUCGUUAAAAAGUUGAACACAAAAAGACUUUCUUCUUCUUAGAAUAAGUUAUGUUAAAGCAUAAUGCUCACGAUAAAGUUUUGAAAGUAGAAGAAAAGGAUGAUGGUUUAGAUUUCUUCUAUAAAAAUAAAAUGUAAGCAAAUCGUUUGGUAGACUUCAUAUAAAGUGUUAUCCCCUGCAAGAUUAAGCCUUCCAAACAGCUUAUCGGACUUGACGAUCGUAACAAUAUUUACAAUUACAAAUAUUCUUGGUCUGUUGAAAUUCCUAAAAUAUGCAAGGAUGACUUGUGUGUUUUCCCUCCUAGAUUAUGCAAAGAGUUAGGAGGUAUCAGUCCUCUUGUAUUAUGUGUUAAAGUUAGCAAUAUGCUCCAUUUCGUAGAUACUCACACUCAUAAGCGUAUUGACAUCACUGCUGAAAGAUACUUCCAUUAUGAAAACGACAUUAUUGUUCUCUCCUUAAAGAAAAACUCUACUGAAUUUAUGGUUACUGGUAUUGAAAAAAUUGAAAAUGAAUUUACUAAUCCCUAAAGCUUGAAUGAAUCCUCUGUUAACACCAGUUACAUGUCUUCAAUCAGCAACGUUUACUAAGAUAAACUAGCUCACUUAACCCUCAUGCGUACUAGCGAUUGGAAAGAAUUCCAUGCUAAAGCACAUCUUGGUGAAAUUAUUAAGGAAGGAUGCAUGGUUUUGGGUUAUGAUUUGACAACAUUGAACUACUCUGAAGACCUUGAAGUUCUUAAAAAUGCUCCUGAAAUUAUUAUUGUCAAACGUAUUUAUGAUAAGGAAAAUAAAGCCCGUAUUUGGAAGCUUAAGCGUUUAUAGAUGGAUGGUGUUAUGGUUGAAGAAAAUACCGAAGAAGCUAAUAAGAAGGGCAAGAAAAAAAUAGUCUCAGACUAGGAUAAAGAAUAAGAUUUUGAAGAGUUUAUGGAUGACAUAGAACGUGAUCCUCUUAUGCGUGAAAAAAUUAAUUUAUAUAAGGAUGAUGAAGGAAUUAAAAAGCUCUCAGAUAAGGAACUUGCAAGAAAGCAAUAACUUUCCAGACGUCUUAAAAGAAAAAUGCUUAAAGUUAUUAACGUUAAAGUUAAAGAUCCCUAAGAAAUUAUCAGAUAACAAGAAGAAGAAUUAUAAGAGAAGCUUCGUAUCGCAGAAGAAAAGAGGGCUGAAAAGGAAGCUAAAAAGAAAGAAAAGGAAGACGAAGAAGACUACAACCGUAACGAAGUUAAGUUGGCUGAAUUAUUAGAAGAUCUUAAUCUUGAAGAAGAUAAAGGUGAAGAAGAUGGAGACAAAGUCUUUGAUGAAGACAAUUUCAUUGACGAAUUUAUUAAAAGACUUGAUCAUAUUAAAAUUGAAAAGUAAUGA